ACCAGGAAUGUCGGAUCCUGGUUCUCGGAGCUGAGCGCUGGGAAAAUCUCCUGCCUGGGAUAAUUGGGCCGUUAACGAAGGUGGCCCGAGCGCUGGCCUGCCCUGACCCUGCUCCCAAACAAGGCUCCGAUUGUCGCUCUGGCUUAAGCGGGAGGAAGAGGAGGCGGCCCAAGGGUUUGCCAAAUACCCGGGAUUUUGCUUGGUGACUGUUAAUUAGGCUCCGGUGCAAAAACUUCGUUAGCGGUGGCUAUCUGGGCCAUCCUCGCGCUGGUGCUGGGACGAUGCUUGACCGGCCGGCGGCGUCACCGCGGCGUCCCCAAAAGCAUCUGGUGCUGGCGUGUCGCCCGGGUGUCACGUGGAGCCCUCAGAGGGGACCCUGCGAGCCCAGAUAAAACCUCCCGCCCCACUCCAGUAGCAAAAAAUUCCUGGAAUCCCCAAACAGUAUUUUAUUUUAAGCCCAAAAGAGUACUUUUUUAGUUAUUUUAUUUUCCCUAACCCCUGUGGAUGCCAUGAAAAAAAUGACGGCUCGCCUGAUGCUCGCCGUGGGAGGAGCGGUGCUGGGUUCCUUACAGUUCGGCUACAACACCGGUGUCAUCAAUGCCCCACAAAAGGUGAUUGAGGACUUCUACAACCGUACCUGGCUGUACCGGUACGAUGAGCCCAUCAGCCCAGCCACCCUCACCACGCUCUGGUCCCUCUCCGUCGCUAUCUUUUCCGUCGGGGGAAUGAUUGGAUCCUUCUCCGUGGGGCUCUUUGUCAACCGCUUCGGACGGCGCAACUCCAUGCUGAUGUCCAACAUCCUUGCCUUCCUAUCUGCCAUCCUCAUGGGUUUCUCCAAGAUGGCUCUCUCCUUCGAGAUGCUCAUCCUUGGCCGCUUCAUCAUCGGCCUCUACUCCGGCCUCACCACUGGUUUCGUGCCCAUGUACGUGGGUGAGGUGUCACCCACCGCGCUGCGGGGCGCCCUGGGGACCUUCCACCAGCUCGGCAUCGUUUUGGGCAUCCUCAUCGCGCAAGUCUUCGGAUUGGACUUGAUCAUGGGCAACGACUCGCUCUGGCCGCUGCUCCUGGGCUUCAUCUUCGUCCCCGCCCUGCUGCAGUGCAUCAUCCUGCCCUUCGCCCCCGAGAGCCCCCGCUUCCUCCUCAUCAACCGCAACGAGGAGAACAAAGCCAAGAGCGUCCUCAAGAAGCUGCGGGGCACGACGGACGUCAGCAGCGACCUCCAGGAGAUGAAGGAGGAGAGCCGGCAAAUGAUGAGGGAGAAGAAGGUCACCAUCAUGGAGCUCUUCCGUUCCCCCAUGUAUCGCCAGCCCAUCCUCAUCGCCAUCGUCCUGCAGCUGUCGCAGCAGCUCUCUGGGAUCAACGCGGUCUUCUACUACUCCACCAGCAUCUUUGAGAAGUCUGGCGUGGAGCAGCCCGUCUACGCCACCAUCGGCUCCGGCGUGGUGAACACAGCGUUCACCGUCGUGUCGCUCUUCGUGGUGGAGCGAGCCGGGCGCAGGACCCUGCACCUCAUCGGCCUGGCGGGGAUGGCGGGGUGCGCGGUGCUCAUGACCAUUGCACUGACGCUGCUGGACCAAAUGCCCUGGAUGUCCUACCUCAGCAUCGUGGCCAUCUUCGGCUUCGUGGCCUUCUUUGAGAUCGGCCCGGGCCCCAUCCCGUGGUUCAUCGUGGCGGAACUCUUCAGCCAGGGCCCCCGUCCCGCCGCCUUCGCCGUGGCCGGGCUCUCCAACUGGACCUCCAACUUCAUCGUGGGCAUGGGCUUCCAGUACAUCGCGCAACUCUGCGGCUCCUACGUCUUCAUCAUCUUCACGGUGCUGCUCGUCCUCUUCUUCAUCUUCACCUACUUCAAGGUGCCGGAGACCAAGGGUCGGACCUUCGACGAGAUCGCCUCUGGUUUCCGUCAGGGGGGAGCGAGCCAGAGCGACAAAACCCCGGACGAGUUCCACAGCUUGGGCGCCGACUCGCAGGUCUAACCCCCCCCACCUUCUCUCUGCGCUCCUUGGGGUGAUUUUUUAAACACUUUGUACAGAAACCGGGACGGAGGGAGCCGGGGGGGGCGGCUCCCGACCCACAUCCCAUUUCCAGACUCCCUCACUGGUUUAUCGGGGACAGACUGACCGAUUUUAUUAUUAUUCUUCCUUUUUUCCUGCUAGAAACAAUUGGGUUGGUUCUUUUCUUUUUAGCUGGUUUCGCGUCCAGGAUUUCAAAGCCAACAGACGUUUUAAAACCCGACCACGCGGCCCCCGCCAGCGGGAGGGCGGCUCCUUUUUAUAACGACGCGAUAGGUUAUUUAACCAGAAAUCACGUAGCGCGACUUUUUAAAGCUGCAAACUCUUUUUUUUUAACGAUCUAAUCAUAGAAAAAUCGAGUAAAUCGACUAAAUCUAAACCAAUAUUUUGUUUUUAAAAGACCAACGCGUUCUUUUUUUAAAGCGGUUGUAUCGACCGCGGCCCCGGUGUGUUUGCGGACGGGGGUUCCGGAGGUCGGGAUCCCGCCACAGGUCGCCGAGCGUCGUCUCCGCCGGGUCUGAUCGGGGAGGGAGGAGCGGAGGGGCCGUCUCUCCUUUGCCCCCCCCGCUUUGAUUUUUGGUUUAAUCUCGGCAAUAUUUGCCCGACGCCGAAGCAAAACGAACCGGCGGCCGCACGCAACACCCGCCCACAACACCCACCCGCCCCCCGGACUCACCAACACCCACCGUCACGCGGACAAAUCCCGUUUCCCGCUCUGUGUAUAGACUGGAAGAUAUUUAUAUUAUAUAUAUUUUUGUUCAAUGGUUGUUAAUAGUAGACGUUUAAGUUAUAGCGUUUCUGAUUUGACGAGCAACGUACUGUAAAUAUUCUCGGAGUAUAUUCACACUGUAUAAUGUACACACAAGGUACAGAGGGUAGAGGCUCUAGAGGCUCCAGAACAGCUUGUACAUGGUUAGGAUGAGUUUUGUAUAGUUCAUUACCUGCACUGUAGUUGUACCUGUUGCACUGAAUUUCAGGCUGUAGUAUAUUAAAAAUACAACAAAAACAAAAGAGAAAAUACUGUCCUUUUCAAACAAAACUGAAGAUAAAAGAGGAAACAAGUCCCCCCUCCCUGUGUGCAGCUGGUGCGGGAGAUCCGGCACAUUCCCGACGCCACAGGCGGGUUUUUUAAUAGUCUUUUAAUUUAUUUGUCUUGGUUUGGAAGUGAUUGUGAUCACUUGACCACGCUUGGAAGAAAAUAAAGGUAAGGGGGGGAAAAAAUAUAUAUAUAUAUAAAAAUACCCUGUGCUGAACUGCUGGUGUCUCUGCACCCACCGAGCGUGCGGGGGGGGAUAUAUACACAAGUGCCAAGGGAAGGGAGGAAGGUGUGUGAUGUGCUGACAAUAAAGGAGAAUGUCUGCAGCGACCCA